CCACGCCCCUACCUCGUAACAUUCUCUAGGAACCACAAGAGCUCCCACUUCAGACGAUCGUGACGCACCUUCGGCGCCAUCACCACCUCCUCCAACCACCACCCCAUAGAGCGCGCUCCCGACGAGCCAAGCAUCGCUCGGGAGCGCGCGUCGGGAACGUGCAUGCCCCACGUGACCCACUUAGGCCCAACAGGAAGCAGAAAAUCGCUGGGCGCGAAGCGCGUUCACGCGAGCAGUUGCUGCAGGCGGGAGAGGCGAGCGAGGAGGGAAGAGGGGCUCAGAGCAGACUCGCUCCCCGAGAGGUCUCUGCCUGACGCGUCGCCAUGUCCGAGGAGAAACCUAAGGAAGGAGUAAAAACAGAAAACGACCAUAUCAAUUUAAAAGUUGCUGGUCAAGAUGGAUCGGUGGUCCAGUUUAAAAUAAAGCGCCACACGCCGUUAAGUAAAUUAAUGAAAGCUUAUUGUGAGAGACAGGGUUUGUCAAUGAGACAGAUUAGAUUCAGAUUUGAUGGGCAACCAAUUAAUGAAACAGAUACACCUGCACAGUUGGAAAUGGAAGAUGAAGACACUAUUGAUGUUUUUCAACAGCAAACUGGUGGCAUAUGCUAAAUGUCCUUUUCAUUUCGGAAAAGGAAUACAAAAUAUCACCCACUUCAUCAUCUGUCCUUGGAUUUGCUAUUAAAUAGUAAACAAAUGAACAUGCCAAUCAUACAGGAAUCUUCUCAUGUUCUGAGGACAUUUAUCCAAAUCUUUUUUCCUGUCCCUGAUAUUCUGCGUGUGCAAGUUGAAGCUGUAUCUAUGAAAAAUAACUUCAUAAAAUGGGCCCAGUAAAAAAUUAAAUUUUUAAAUAAGUAAUUACUGGUUAUUUACUGUCAUCUUGUUCUUCUAAAAUGGUGACCUAAAUACCAACCUACUGUACAAUGAACAUACAUAGUGCUGCCUUUAGUUAUUGUUUUAUCGCUUAAUUAUGACAAUGUAAAUAUUGAAAUACUUUUUCUUUGUGAUAGGAUUUUUCUCAAAGGAUGUUUGGGACAGAAGAAAAGAAUUAUCAUAAAGAAUUAUUACUCUAAAACUGUUAAUGGGGGAUAUAUGCAAAGAGCAAUACUUGCAGAAUGCUGAUUAUAGUGGCAGUUAAAGGUAAUGCAAAUGUACAUGUGCUUUUUCAUAAUAAAAUAGUAUAGAAUCAAUUUUUAAAGUAAUGGGAAGUUAUUGAGUUUGUCAGCAGUUACACUAUUUGCAUACAUAAUAUACACAUUACUAUAAAUUCACAUAUCCAGGGUAGAGUACCAGACUUUGAUAAUUUUUAAAUUAAUUGAUCAGGAUGUUUUAAGAAGGUCUCCUGUGUAAUUCUUGUUAAUUGUGCAACUCCUUGUGCAGGAGAAACUCAGUAGAUAGUUUUCACCCCAAACAUUUCUUCAAUGAUUUAUUGGACAAUAAAAGCUAUAUAUCUUUUUGUUAAAAGUUGACCUUAUAGGCUCAUUGCUUUAUAGCCUUGUCUGGGAGUCAAACAGCUGUGUAUUGUAUUCUGCCUAUGCACUAGGAUCUUAAACUUCCUUUGUUGCAACCAUUGCCUGGGAAACCCAGUGAAGCAGAAUGCAAUGCUAGAGUUGAAUUUAUUUUCUGUUGAGUAAUUAAAUCUUAACUUUAAAAACAAGGAAUUUCAAUAUUAGUGACUUAAAUUUUCAAGUAUACCAUUGGGAAAAAUAUUGAAUAUGAGGGACCUGUUUCCCAAAUAUCUCACAUUUAAAUGACUUUUAGUAGUAACAUGAUUUGGAUGCAUCUAAAUUAAAACUAUUUUGUUUACUUUUUGUAUGCUUUUUCAUUGCUACUUGGGAAAAUAUGUUUCUGCUUUUAUAUCUAUAUUUAACAGUACUGGUUUGCAAGAAACCCUUUUGAGAAGAUUGCCUAUCCUUUACCUAUUCCCUAUAAUUGUAAAUGGUCCAGGAAGGGAUAUUCAUUUAAAAUUGUUAAUUGUUUAUUCAAUUGUACAAUACUUGUCCUUUAUUACUGUACACAGUAAACCUAAUUUGGUACUCUGUCUCUUGGCUUAUGUUUAAUGCUGCUGAAUUUCAUAUGACUAUAUUCAAAGCUGUAUCACUGAAAUGCUGACAAUAUUCAUAUGCACAUCUUUAUUAAAUUCUUUUAUUGAGAGUGGA